AUGAACCUUGCAAUCACAAAUAACGAGGCGCCAGCUCAGAAAAUUGUUUCAAUUUUAACCGAGAAAGGUCGGGGAAACUUUCAGUUUGUUAAAGUUGUGUUGGACUUGUGGAUGGAAUCAACCCAAAGUGUCAGUUUGGAUACGUUUCCUCAAACUCUCGACACCACAUAUCAGCUAUACUUCGAGAGAAAGUAUGCCACACCCGAAUCUUUUCAACCCUUGCGAGCAAUUUUUGAAGUGCUUGUUGCAGCAUAUACCCCCCUUACUAUCCAUGAAAUGCACUUAGUACUCAAGCUUGGACACCCAGGUCUUGACCUUGAGUACGACCUCAUGCCAAAACUUGACCUUGUAUCUUUGUUCUUGUGGCAUGGAUCAGGUGAGGAUCUCAUUCGGAUUCAUCAUGCAUCUUUGUCUGAGUGGCUCACGAGUGAUAAAAACAAAGGGAAAUUCUAUUAUAUUAAGAAGCAAAAUGGUCAUAACCGUCUUGCAAAGUACUAUCUGAAAAAGGCUGAAGAAAGCAAUUUCCCCCUCAAGCCGGAUAGAGCUUUUUACCUGGCGAGUCAUAUUGUUGAAGGGGGUCUGGAUGAUCCUUUGGUGGAGCAAUUUCUGUCCCUGCCCUCAAGCCAUAUUAAUUCAAGUGACCCUUCGACUCAAAUGACAGCACUUCACCACAGUUCCGGCUGGUUUAAUGCAGAUGUUACUAAACUUCUCGUGGGCCACUUUAGCGAUGUUGACAGUGUAGACUAUAGCCAACGUGCACCAGCGUUUAUAGCGGCAACUUCUGGCUACUUGAAAAACUUGAAGAUUCUGUUUGGUAGAGGAGCUAACCUUAACCGUAGAGCAGCAUACUUGGAUUUUGAAAGUGCCUCACACUCCAAAAAUCCCAUUAAAGAGUGUAGAAGAAAGCUAUGCGGAUAUUCAUUAUUGCAUACAGCCGCUCAAAAAGGUAACAACGAUGUUGUAGCCUUUCUUAUUCAGCACAAAGUGAACAUUUUCAGCACAACUGGAGCUAACAAUACUGCUCUACAACUGGCGGCGGCAAACGGUCAUCUUGACAUUGUCCAGAUACUUCAGAGCGCUGGGGGAGAACUGGAUGACAUAUCAUUACAUCACGCAGCAGCUGGGGGUCACAAUGAGGUCGUACAAUACCUACUGGGAGAAGGAGUUGCAGAUGACUGUGUCCAGAACAUCCCGUUUUCUGCUUUUCCUGAUGAAGACGGGAGCGAAUUGGAGUCUAAAAAAUUACGUUUGUAUGAUAACCAUCAUCUUCACCUGCGUGAAACAGCCCUUCAUGCGGCAGUUGCUCGAGGACACGUGGACGUGAUUAAAACUUUGUUGAGCCAAGACCAAAAUGCUAUUAAUUGUCCAAAUUCUGCGACAAGACUCCCCUUACACGAGGCUGUGUACACAAAUAAUUAUAACAUCUUAGAAACACUGUUGAAGUCUGGAGUUGAUGCCAAUGUUCAUUGUAAUGAUAGAAUGUUAUCAUCGAGUACUGGCUCCUUUACAGAAGGUACGAUGUUUCCAACUCGUUGUCCGUGUGGAUUUACUGCUAUGCAUAUCGCUGCUAAGCAUGGCUAUCAUAGUAUUGCCGAGUUGCUUAUUAAGUACGAAGUAGAUCCUGACACGUUUGAUUGUAAUGGCUCCACGCCACUCCACAUCGCCUCCUGCCACAAUAUGCCAUCCCUUGUAACACUUCUGGUCAGCAGUGGAGCAGAUAUCGAUGCACGAAGCCUAAAUGGAUCAACACCCCUACAUAGUGCCGCGUCAUGUUUUUCAAAGGACGUUUUCGGGCCUCUGUUUGACCUGGGAUGCGAUCACCAAGUUACUGAUGGCGAGGGAAUGACGGCUUUACACUAUGUGGUAAAAGACAUAACACACGUGGGUUCUGAGUAUUUUGCAGACUUAUAUGUCACCAAUCCUAAGGGUUGGAUAGAGAAACAUUCUGGAGCUUUUCAGACGAUCAUGAGCGAAUUGGAUAUUCAAUAUCCUUGGUUAAAUACCUUGAUCAAGCUUGUUAACCUGGAUUCCAAGAGAGGAAAAGCUGAUACUCUAGCUAUGCAAGACCAUAGAAAUCGAACGUUCUUCCACAUAUUAAAAGAGAAAACCAGUACUUUCAACUACCUAACAGGAAGCAGUCGUUUCAGCGAAAGUUCUCUUGUGUUAUCCUUGACACCUUUCAUUAUUUCUUACGAUAUUUCAGUCUCUGAGAAGCUGAAGGACCGUGUCGUUGCGUUAAAUAAGCCAUAUGAACAAGCCUUGGUUGCAACUUCUUUUACGAGGGUCAUAUCGCGAGCGUAUACAACAACAUUUACAAAGUUAAACUGCUCACAUCUGCUUGAUUAUGUGAGACUCCAUUUCGUUUAUGCCGCCAACACCUUAUUACAAGCAGGUGUGGACGUUAACUGUCGAGGUGCCUCGGGGCUAACUCCUCUGCUUGCUUAUUUGCGCAUCGGCGGCCGUCAUAUGUCAAAAGUUCUUGUAAAACAUAACGUGAAAGUGGACAUCGCGUGUGGAGAUCCCUUCGAGGAUUCAGUCUUUCACUUAGCGUCAUAUCACAAACUGCAUUACCUUCAUUACCUUUACGAAUAUUUAAAGGGAAGUGAUAGCUGGCAAAAAUAUUUGCAAACAGAAAAUGCGUUUUUCGACUACUUUCUGGAUAAAUACGACGAGCACAUCGACAAGGGAAAUCUGAAAACAAUUAAGACUGGCGAUGGACCACUGACUUUGGCUAUUCUAUCUCAUCCUGACGGCAGUAACGUUUUAGAUGAAUGUUUUGAUGCAGAGGGCUAUAACGCUCUACAUAGAGCGGCUCAGGGUGCAAACCUGGCAGCAAUUGAAAAAUUUCUUUCUUUAGGUGCUAACCUAAGUAUAGAAACUCAUGACGGGUCCUCCCCUUUAUGGCUUUCAGUAUUAUAUGCUGUUAAAUACAGACCUUUUCUAAACCUCGAAGUACCCGGUGUACUUACAGCUCUAGAAGUUGAAUUUGCCUCACUUUCGGCCUCAACUAUUUUAAAUCAUCUCCUAAAAGAUGGGACCUUGAAUAUUGGCUGUAGUGAAAAGCGUUCCGAUCUGACUCUUUACCACGUUGCCGCUACCCGUGGGAUGUGGCAAUUCAUUGCACAUUUGCUCUCUAGCAGUGAAAUUAUUGGCAUUGAUGUGGACUGCCCCAAUAAAGAUGGAAUUACUCCAAUGUACUUAGCGUUAUUUAUUGGCGGCGACUCGUGUGAGUGGCACAGUCCAUGGUGCAAAGUUGUCGACGUAAUAAAGAGCUACGGUGGUACUCUUCGAUAUCCCUCGCUAGAAGCAGAGUACUUCCUCAUCUACAAUAUGUUCUUUGGAAUGAAUCCUAGCAGGUUGUUUCUAGAGCUUACGGAAGAUGAGAUACUAACUCUUCAGGAGGGCUGUGGGCGUGAUGAAUGCCGAAAAUAUAAGGCUGCAAACGUCAACCUUUUCAAAACAUCAGACGAAGUAGAUAGAAUUCGCGUCGAUUACCAGAAGAAGGUGGACAAAUGUUCUUCAUUCCUAGCAGAUUGUCCGGCUGACAUAAAAAGAGGUUUACCUCAUUUUACAAUUGUGGUGAUUUUCCUUGACCGCCAACAGGCCGUAAAACUUGACUUUCUAGACACUCGAAAUUCUCUUGUUACUUUCCUCGACGAUGAAAUCGAGCGACUGAAGAAACUUUUAUUUGUCGCUUCGAGACCUCAUGCACAAAUGCGUUGUGCAAAAGCUCCAAAAGAUUACAAACCAAAGGAAGAAACCAUUGAUAUGUGUUACCAGUUUCGUGAUAAACAGGAUCUCGAAACUCUACUUCACAAAUUCUAUCGCAUUUACAAACAGAGCCUCGAUUUAGUCCUGGAAAAGUCGGAUGAAGUGAGAUCGCACAUGCCUUUAAAUGGUAAACUACCACGUUUUUUAUCGAAGAUGAAUUUUGCAUUAGCUGAUUACGAUACUUCCUUAAAUUGUGACUGGCAAGCAAUUGCAAUCAAGUAUGUGCAGCUUAGUUUCCAGGUGCGCAAUUUGAACUAUUGGAUUCAGGCUACCCACAAAACGUCUACAGUGCCAAGCGUAUCGGGUUUUCUUUCGAAAAGAAUGGAAAAUGCUAUCCUGCGAGAUUCAGAAGAGUCACUUAAACUUGUUCUCAAACUGGCAUCCGGACACCCGACUGAAGCUUUUAAUUAUCUAAGAACUUUGAGAUUUACACGGCCACCUAUGUGGUAUGAGACAUUUGGUGAAGGAAACUUUGGGCAGAGAAUGGGUCCGUAG